AUGUUGGUUGCAUGGUGCGGCGGCUGUGGCACCGGCGCUUACCUGGCGGCCCAGAGAAGGAACGCAGAUGGCCGCAGCGCCGCUAGAGUUUCUCUCUGGCCGUGCUCCCACCCCCACCGCCUUGGUGUUUCAGGCUCGUGGCCACUGCGCUGCUCGUCGGUUCACUCUUCGGAGACGGAGGAGUGGCGCGUCACUAAAAAGAGAAGUAAGGAGGAAUGGGAGGCGUUGAAGGCAGAGAUCGCACACAUGUUCCAACCUCUUGUUCGCAACCUAACCCAGAUUUGUUCAACCCGCCAAGCUUUUGACCUUGAGGACUACCAAGUCGGCAUGCUUUUUGGUGCAUUUCUUGGGUGCGUUGGCUGUUACCAGCUGUGGAAGACGGCUCCUUCGACCUUUGUGGAUGUCACACUAGCUUUCUUGUUCUAUAAGCUCAGCAUUGUAUCCUCAGAGCUACAUCAACACCGCAAGUCAAACAGCUUGACCACCCGGCUGAAAUUUGGUACCAUUCUUUUCAUGGUUUUGAAGGAUAUCAAGAAAAGCUAUGUCCUCCUGGAUGCUGUUAGGAUGCCAGUUUUCCUGCUAUACAUCUGUGCGUUCCUGUUUGACGUUGCUGGCAUGAAGAAGUAUGGAAGAAGAGCUCUGAUUUCCCUGGUUAAUUUGCUGAAGAUGAGAGGUGGCCUUCAAGAAAUUCACAGGAUAAUGUGGUAUCCUGGUUACGUUUCUCCCUAUGAAGACGUUUCCGAGUGGUCAGAUGUUUUGAGUGCAUGAGGUGCGAGCAGACCCUCUUAGGUCUCUUUUGGACGGGUGGAGAUA